AUGCAACCGUUCAGGGUCUUUGUCCGAUGGAGGAGCCUCAGCGCUGAUGAAUCCGGCUACGGGGAGAUUCAGCGCAAAGCAGAGCCAAAUGGUGCAGCCCUUUCAUCGAUAUCCAUCGCUGCGAUGACAGACUCAAAAUCUCGUUCCAGAUGUUAUCAGUCAUGGAGAAGCCAGCCUUCCAUGACUCGGGUUUUCGAAAUGAGCGACACCAACAAAACAGUAUUUGACGCAGUGGUGGCCCCGGUCCUUCCGCGAGUCAUGCAGGGCAAAUCAAGCAACUUCUUCGCCUACGGUCAUUCGGGGAGCGGCAAGACUCAUACUAUAAUCGGGUAUGAUUACGAGUCUCCCGAAGAACUGGGUUUGUGUCAAGCUUCUGCCCGCCACUUGAUGACAGAUCUGAAUCGCCUAAACGCAGACGGAGGCAGCGAUCAACUAGGUAUUGGAAUUCGCAUGUACGAGCUCCGAAAGAAUAGUGCAUUUGACCUGCUAAAUGGUCGUUGUGAAUGUUUCGUUCGUGAGGGACCGGACGGUCAGAUACACCUUCGAGGCAAGACGGAGGUGCUCAAGGAUGGCAAAGUCAGGGUGCGGCCACUCGCGACCAAGGCAUGCUGGAGCUUUGAAGAUCUCUCGCGCGAGUUGCAAAUAGGGCUGAAGCUUCGCGCUACUGGCUCCUCGACGGUUCAUAAUCAGAGUUCACGGACUCAUGCGACCAUUGAGCUGGAAAUUGUCACGAAAGAUCUACUCCAGGCGCGGGACGCGGUUAUUGAGCGACAGUCCGAGCUCGUGCCUGUGGGCAAAUAUGCGACGGAUGUCUACCUGGAAGAACAAAGUCGGGCCUUUGUACAAAAUGAUCAUGGGAAGUUUGUCCCUAAUCCCUAUUAUCAAGUCGACCAAGCACGUAUCGACACUGCAGAGGCCCGGAAGGCGGAAUUCGAGGCGCGAGUCAAGUCUGCCGAAGAGCACGAGUCCACUCUGUUUCAAAGUAUAGCUCGACGUCAUCCUUGCCUGGGAGGAAAGCUCGUAUUUGUUGAUCUAGCUGGAUCGGAGUACUAUGAUGCUAAGAACGGACUGGGAUGCAAUCAGACACCACAGGAAAAGCAGGAGGGAAGGCAAAUUAAUACGGAUCUCCUGGCUCUCAAAGAAGUCAUUCGUGCUCGAGCUCAGAAUCUGAGCCGAGUUCCUUUUCGAACAUCUCCACUCACGUUGGUCUUGCGUCAGCAUUUUCAAGCGUCUUCGGAUUCGGAUUCGGCGCUGAUUUUGACACUCUCACCCUCGGCUAGGGAAUUUGCAGCUACCAUGAACACAUUGAAGUACGGAAAUCUCGUGGGCGUUGCAGGGAAUGAUGCAUAG